AUGACGGGUGAAGGAGUAGAGAUAAGCAAUCCACUGCCGCCUCCUGAACCUGAGGAAGGUGGUCAUCCGUUAGCUCACUCGGAGAGUAUCUUUCCGAUUGCACCAACAUAUGGUAAAGAGGGAUGCAAUAUGGAACGAAAUAAAUACAAGGGUCGAACUCUUGCACUGUUCACGAGCGGUGGAGAUGCACCAGGUCAGUACUACGCUAGACAACUGAAUUGUCAAUCUAGAUUACACAGAAGCGAUGCGAUUAUUAAGUUGCUAGCGUUAAUAAUGUGA